CUUGGAGGCUACUGAAAUUCAUAUUGACAAACAGGAGUGUAAUUGGUUUACGUCACUGAGUGAAGCACGUAAGGGGUAUUAUAACAGACCAAAAUCAAAAACAUUUGCAUCAAUUGAUUCUCUUAGUUUUAAUGGUGAGACAUUAGCUUUGUAUCAAAUUACAGUCUCAGAGAAUCAUGGAAUAAAGAAAGGACUCAAUGAAAUAGACCAUUCUCUUACAUGGAAAAAAGAUGCAACAAAUGUUAAUAUUUACUUUGUUGUGCCGCCAGAUAUUUUUGAAAAAUUUACUCUACAAAAGUACAAAACAGUCAAAGAUGAAGAUUAUCAGAGAGAAAAUCCAGAAUGGAUUAAUGAAAUAACCCAAUAUGUCAUGGAAAUCAACUUGGGAGUUAAUAACAAAAGCGCCAAAUACAAAAGGCGAUCUAAUGAUGUGAUAUCAGGAGAUGAGAAUAAUGAUGACAAAGAAGUGGAAAGAAAAAUAAAAAGAGUAAUUUGGUGUCAGGGGACAAUAGUAGUGUAG